AUGCCGCUAAGUCCGGAACAACAUGGUGGAUCACCGCUACUGCAACUUGAAAAGGAAAUUAUGCAGAAACGAAUCAACUUCAACGGUCCAACUAAGUCAUCACUGUCUGUCAAUCGAUAUCCCAGUAUCAAUGGAGAGCCAGGUUCCACUAACAAUACUAAUAAUAACAGUAACAAUGGACUACUACCAUUCCAACAACACCAAUAUCUAACCCAAGUGGGUCGGUACUUGGAAAAUGCCAGUGAUAAAGAAAGUAUCUAUCUGUUUGAGUCUGUUAGCACCAACAGUCGAUUGUUGGACCGAUUGGAAAUGGCUAGCAUUUAUUCUAGUAACGAGGAUGAAGCGCUCAAGAAGUUACAUCUUCCUCCAACCACAACAUCAUCCAAUAACGUUUCAAGAUCAAAUUCGAGUUCAAGAUUAUCUCGUACUGAAAGUGGGAAACUGCUGGAAGUCAAUCUAAGGUCCGUAUCUCAAGCACAUAAGAUCCUUCGAAUGUCCAAUGCUUCUAUAGAUUCCCUUCAUGCAGACUUGCUGGCCUCAAUAGCCGAGAGUGACCAUAUCUAUGAAGAAGACAGUGAUGACGACUCAAGACUCCAACAAGAUAGCCAUAGUGAUGAUGAUGAUGACGAUAAUGAAUUUACAUUCAAUAAUAGUUCUGCUGAAACUUUAGAAAUAGAUAGGAAGCAGCAGAAUGAUAUACUUUAUCUUCCAAAAAUCAAGCCUCAAACUUAUGGGGAUAGUCAUAGUCAUGGUCAUGGUUAUGGUCAUGGUCACAGCGAGUCCAUUUCUCAUAUACCCUCAAGAGUGCCCCCAGAUCGUUCGUUAACCCGUUCUAAAUCAACAACUAAUGCAGUCAGAGGUAUUCCCUUGCAAGCACAACGGAGAAUAAUCUCCGAGAAUGACUCAAGUCCUUCCACACUGCUGCAGCAUCAGUUCAUGGAACUUAGACCUUCUUUCAACCCCUCAAUGUCAUCCACAAGUGUAUUGACAGUCCCCAUUAGUCAUAUGUCGGAAUCGACGACCAGUUCGCUUAGAUCUUCAAAUGAUAAGCUAAGUGCUCAGUCUCGAACCAAUUUAGCUUUGCAAUUAAGAAACAUGGGAAAAUAUAGAGAAGCAUCAUAUCAAUUGCAAAUAGCAGCCAACAGUCCUAAUAAUUAUCCCCGAGCAAUGUUCUUAUACGCCAUGGCCUUGAAGGAAGGUUUGGGUGUUAAGCAAAACGACAGACAGUGUCUCAAAUGGUUAUGCCGGUGCAUUAUAUAUGAAAGUUUUGGUCUGGAAUUGCUUGAUCAUGAAAUAGAAAAGAUUUGUGACAGAACUUGCGAUGAUAUAGUCAAAUUCAUAAUUAAACUUGAUGUCAGCAAUAGUUAUGAUCCUAUUGAUUUAAUCAAAUAUUAUAAGCUGCUUCCCGCCGCACAAUUCCAAAGAAUAAUUCAGCUUUCCACCAAUAUAAAUAUAUCUUCAUCUACCAUUGAUAUCAAUUUAAAUGAGACUCAUUCAAACUCCAGUGGAGGUGAAAUAUCUGGUUCACGCAUUGGUAGCGUGGUGUUAGGGAGUUGCUUUCAUGAAUUGGGUAAUGCAUUACUAACAGGCAAUGGAUUAAUGAAAAAGGAUGAAGUACAUGGAAUUAAAAUGAUCUCGAGAGCCGCAUCUAUGGGUAACGUUGAUUCCAUGCUUCAAUUGGGAGAAUUAUGGUGUCGUAAAUCCAAACACCAUAAGAAGGAUUUGUAUUUAGCCUCUGCUUGGCUAAGAUUAAGUGAAUUGUUUGGAAGUAAAUCAAUUGGUAAUAGUUGGAUAUAUAAGGACAAAUAUUUGAAAGAUAAGUAUUGA